GCUCGUUCGUUUCCCUGUUUCAAGAUCUUCUCAGAGAUGAAACGAAAUUCUUGUCUUUAUUCUAUCAUGGUACAGUACUGAUCUUGUGUCUCAUUCUGUCGGUUGGUUCUUAAUAGCAUCAGGUAAUAACUCUGUGUCGACGGUGACUUCUAUCGUGCGACCAGAGUGUACUCGUUGAUCGCCUAGCACAGCCACAGACUGCCCGGCGUGUUGUGGAAGCCGCGUGUAUGCGGCGGCGUAGCAGAAACUGGCGUCCUCUAAAAACAAGUCCGGUGCACGCUACUUGCAAGCAGCUUGCUCGCCGCGGUUCUGCUCGAGUGUGUACUGCGCAAUUAGAGCCCAUGUACUGCUAAACCGCCGGCGUUCGCCCGCGACUUGCACGCGGCUUGAAAACACGCAAAUGUGCAUCGAGCCUAAGUUGUAUCUGUAGAAUAUUAUGAUUUAUAAGACCUGUAGAAUGUAGAUAUACUUACAUUUUUUUUUUGCUUUUAAAUUGUAUAAUUAUGUAUAUGGUUUUCAAUGACGUUUUCUCUCCCCAACGCGUGCCAAAUUCCGUAGUUCGCACAUAUUAUAUUUAUAGAUCUAAUGCCACCGCUUCCCGACUUAAUCAUUUGAUUACAUUUUAAUGAUGAAUUUCUUAAGUUGAUUGUACGUUUUCAUGUCAGAUGAGCUGUGCAUUGCUCUUGUAAAGUUCAUGUAACUUUUUUUUCGGUCUUUAAGUAUAUGAUAUACGUUCACCUGCAGGUAUAUCUGGUUGGCACAUAUUUUGAAUUAUUUGAACAAGUAACUUUAAUUCGUUCAUUUUUGUUAGGAAUUUGUAAAUCUAGUGCUUCUACGAAUCAGGAAUGGAGCGUGAUACGAGAGUGCACUUUUUGGAAUAAACGUGCAAUAUUUUAUUUCCACGUACGAUUCAUUUUUACUGAGGCCAAAGCGAUGUACCACAUUUUCGCGUACAUUUACUUAUUGGCAACACUCAGCGAAGUUCCUCCACGUGUUUACUGCGAUAUCGAAAUUUCGACCAAAGAACUUAUUUUUCCGCUGGGCACCCAAGAGACUGUCAAUAUUAAAGUGAGCAAUGUCAACAAAUCUGGCGUAAUCUUGUACUUUACGGUUCAUAACGAGGAAGUGGUUCAAGUUCUUCCUUCGGUCAUACCUUUGCAUGGCUACGAUGACGACUACAAUUUCACAGUGUACGCGUCGAGAGCUGGACAUUCGGAAAUUAGUGCCAAUUCGUCAGAUCCCGACGUAAGUGUGAAGCAUCUGUACUUGGUCGCCAAUGUGCACAAAGAAAAAUAUAUCGACAUCGCCUCGCAGAUUUCGGGUUGGAUCUAUUUCGUCACGUGGGCUUUAUCGUACUACCCUCAAAUUUAUACGAACUUCAAAAGAAAAAGUGUAAUAGGCUUCAGCUUUGAUUACUUGGCGUUAAACGUGGUAGGAUACUUGUCCUUUGGUGUAUUUAUACAGAGCGUCUUUUUCGCCCCUGCUAUUCAGGAAGAAUAUUUUGAGCAACACAGCCAUGGACUACUACCUGUGAAAGUAAACGACGUCUUUUACAAUCUGCACGGAAUCCUUGCACUGUUAGUAACGGGAUUGCAAUGUUUGAUUUAUGAAAGGGGAAGCCAAACUAUAUCCUUGAUAACACGCUUGAUGUUGGGCGGAUUUGGCAUCUUCUACGUGGUGCUAUUCAUACUGCGCGCCGUAUGCGUGAUACAAUGGUUGGAUUUCUUGUAUUUUUCUUCAUAUGUCAAACUGGUUAUAACGGUACUGAAGUAUAUACCUCAGGCUUACUUGAAUUGGAAACGGAAAAGUACAAGUGGAUGGAGUAUCGGGGUGGUAAACCUAAAUCUGGCAGGCGGCGUAUGCAGCAUUGGUCAAAUGGCAUUAGAUGCAUAUAAUUAUGAUGAUUGGAAGUCUAUCUUUGGCAAUCCGACUAAGUUCGGAUUGGGUGCUUUUACCGUACUAUUCCAAGUAUUAUUUAUGGUCCAACAUUACAUUUUAUAUAGAAAUUCUCCAUCGACAGAUGGAAAGGACUUAAUGUAGCAGCUUAUUGACAUUUAUAUCUAUGCUUUGACACAUAAUACGUAUGUAAAUCGAAUUUCUACGAAUAUAAUAAUUUUAACAUC